UGGCUUAGACUUCCCCUUACCAAAGCAAUAGAGAGACUGCUGACCGCUGCAUACUGUACUCAAUCACUUGCAAGACUACCUUUACACUUUUCAGUGAUCGCAAUCCUGAAUAUCUUUUUGUAGGCAGCACUCGUCGAUGGCUUCAAGUACGAACGUUGACGUAACCGAAAAGGUUGAAGAUUUCCGGGCUGGGUAUCCACAGUUCUCAGCUCUUAUCUCGGCCUACGGACCAUUCUUCCUGUGCCGCCGCUUUGAUAGAAUUCGCGCCCGGAUACUCCUCCUCAAGCAAGAAAGACUCUCUGUACUCGAGGCGAAGCUUGACAACAUUGAUAAACAUGAGCAAUGUCCACUCUUCCUAGGCUCAAGUCGAUCUGACAAGAACGACGAGCGCCUGGCUGUGCUGUUAGAGCUUGAAGAGAAGUUAUUAGAUUAUGAUACAUUCUUAAAAAAUACACGCAGCCUGUUUGAUUCGUCGGCUGCUGAGUCAAAAGACAUAACGAGCUUACAGAACUGGCUGAGCGCAACCGGGUGCAUCCCUCGUGACGAGACCAUGUAUCUUUCUCAUACAAAAGAUCUUGCAAGUCUAGCAUCGCCCGCAGACAAUCCUGUGUUGAGACUAGAGAGCUGGGUGGAGCGUACAAUGGUCUGGCUCUGGCAUGGGUUCCGUAACAAUCAUCAGCACAAUCUCUCCGACAAUCCAAAUGUGUAUUUGUACUCUGGAACUCGAAUUCGACGAAUUGCCCGAACCAUCCUCCUACUUUUGAUCACAUGUCUACUCCUCUCGCCGGUGGUUAUCUGUAGUGUGACGCAUAAUUCUUUAGUACGGCUGGCGGUAGUCAUGGUGUCUACACUGCUCUACCUCUCAGUUCUUGCAGCAACAACGAAGGCUAGAACUAUUGAGCUGGUUGUUGCUGGCGCAACGUAUGCCACCGUGCUUGUAGUAUUUGUCUCAGGAGCAGAUAGUAAUUAGUAAGAUGUAAAGAGCUUUUGUAAAUCUAUACACAUGUGUGUUCUAUCAAAAAGAAAAACAGAGAUUUAUGUUACUCUAGAGCGUAAUAUUAUUCCUUUACUCUAUGCCAACUAAAGGGCAAAACGACAAAAAAGAAAUCUUCUCGUGUGACCUAACCAGGGGUCGAACCUGGAAUCUCUUGAUUUCAGAACGAAUCGUAGUCAAGCGCCUUGCCAUUGGGCCAUUAGGCCAG